AUGGAGAUCAAGCCAUGGUGGGUCUUUCCUGAAAACUUGAACUUUCCUUUAGAAUUUUACAUAGAAGAGGAGCAGGAGGAGUUCAUCUUUGGCCGCCUGGACGCCAACCUCCACCGCAUCGAGAUGCACAGCCAAACCUUCAUUCAGCUGAAGAUGGGGUUCACCACUACCAGCCUGACACGCGUCCUUGUUGUCGGACCUUUGGAGGGGAGGCAGUGGCUGUUCCACGUGAUUCGGAGUAUCGGGAGCUGGGACUCCUACAACCAGGCCCGAGGCCAAGAGAUGCUGCAGCGGGUCCGGAGUCAGCCCCUGACCACGCACAACCUGGCCUUCCCCCCACUUCCAGCAGCUCCGAGCUGUCUCUGCCCCACAAGGAGACCAUCUGAGGACAAUGAGAGGAACCACCAGUGUCAGUGCCUGACUGACCAGGAUGACCGCAGACACACAGAACUGGAAACCUUGAUGAUGUAA